AUGAUGAAGAAUCCAUUGCGAAGAUUCAUGCAGAUUAAUUGGAGGAAUUCUCGGAAAUCACUGAAGAGAAAUGGUGAUGAUGACGAUGAUUUUUAUGAUGCCGUCGGCGAACCAUCUGCGCCGGACAACGCAGAUCCACCACCACCGGCUCCGUCGUCCGACACCGAUUCCACGGUUGAUGGUUCUCAAUGCGAUUCUUACGCUCCAGCUCCAUUUUAUCGCCUCCCAAGCUCCGCCCAGACAUCACCGUUAUCAAAAUCACCAUGGUCGUCGUACACAGAGCAACGGGAUCCUUCUUCCACAGAUAACUCCGGUGAUUACGUCGGAUUAAUGACUUCUCUUGUUCGUGAAGAAGGACAUAUAUAUUCGUUAGCAGCAUCAGGAGAUUUAUUAUACACCGGAUCUUCCAGCAAGAACAUUCGCGUUUGGAAGAGCCUGAAGGAAUAUUCCGGCUUCAAAUCUCAAAGCGGAUUAGUCAAAGCGAUUGUGAUCUCCGGCGAGAAAAUAUUCACCGGCCACCAAGACGGAAAAAUCAGGGUUUGGAAAGCGUCGACGAGGGAUCCUAAAGUUCAUAAAAAGAUCGGGACACUACCCAGUUUUGGAUCAGUGAUCAAGAACUCGAUAAUCCCCAUGAAUUAUACAGAUAUUUGGAGAAAUCAGAUCAAACACUUAGAUGCAAUUUCAUGUCUUAGCUUAAACGAAGAUCAAACGCUUCUGUACUCAGGAUCAUGGGAUAAAACAAUGAAGGUCUGGAGAGUCUCCGAUUUCGAAUGUUUGGAAUCAAUUUCAGCUCAUGAAGAUGUCAUCAACAGUGUCGUCGCCGGAUUUAAUGGUUUUGUGUUUUCCGGCUCGGCGGAUGGGACAUUAAAAGUAUGGCGGAAGGAUCAGACGCAAGAGAAACGACCAAAACAUUACUUUUCUCACACUUUAUUACAGCAAGAAUUCGCGGUGACUUCUUUAGCUGUUAAUCCGACGGGGAUGGUGCUUUACGCCGGUUGUUCAGACGGAAUUGUACAUUUCUGGGAGCAAGAGAAACUAAUCCACGGCGGACUUUUAAGAGGUCAUAAGCUUGCUGUUCUAUGUCUAGCGUCGUCGGAAAACAUGGUGUUUAGUGGUUCGGCGGAUAAAAACGUAUGCGUAUGGCUGAGAGACGACGGAGGAAUGCAUAAGUGUUUGUAUGUUUUGAAUGGACAUACAGGGCCGGUGAAGUGUUUGGCGGUGGAGGUGGAGGAGGAACGCCGUGGUGGUGGAAAUGGGCGGUGUAUAUUGUAUAGUGGGAGUUUGGAUAAGUCUGUGAAGAUAUGGAGGAUGUCUACACAUAUAACGCCGAGAAAUAACCAGCAGUUGCCACCGCCGUCGCCACAACGGAUUGAUGGGUCACGGCGGAGUAGGAAGGAGACGGCGAACACCUUCUUAAGCUUUUUACAACGCCGGGGUAGUCAACGGAAAAAAUGA